AUGAAGUUCUCCUCGAUAAUAUCAGGCCUCACGGCUUUGGCACUAGCGAGCUUAGCCAGCGCCGCCGACCGAACGGCUGCCAUAUACAUUCAGCCUGUUUCUUCCUCAUCUACUACCCCAGCGCCUCUCGCCGAAAUACGCUACAAUUGCGCGGCCUCUGCGUCCGAUGCCGAGAUUAUAUCCUACGAAGCGCCCGAGCUACCAGAUGAAGCUACGUUAGUGCGCGUCGGGGCCUACGAUCCGUCUACUAAGCGAUGGCAGUCCUCGACUUCCGUGGCGUCUGUGAAUAAUUUCGGAAAGGGGUACUCGCCGACGAUAGUCUUGUCCGUGGAUAGAAAUGGCGAUGUAGUUGCUGCGGCGCUGAAGGGGAUUCGGAUUGAUGCGGGACAGACGAGGGAUUUUGGACCCCAGGUUUUGGUGCGUGUUGAUAAGCCGGGAGCGCAGCCUGAGUUGAAUAAGCCGGUUGUUCUGUCGCCUGAGGGGAAGACUGUUGAGCCGGAGGAGAAGACGUUCUUCCAGAAGUACUGGUGGUUGAUAGGUAUCGUUGUUAUGAUGACUAUGGCCGGUGGAGGAGGCGACCAAGGCAAAUAA